UGACGCUCCUUCCUAACCUCGCUUUCCUCGCUUUCAACUCGGCCGAAACCGCGCCCCCGGCGCGCAGCCGAACGGCGCCAUGUCGGCCGUGGCGGAGUUUGUGCGGUUGCUGAGCAGGCCGCGAGUGGAGAAGAAGAUGUUCAAGUGCGAACAGACGGAGAGUGAAUGGGCGACCGUCUAUGAACGAUGGGACGUGCUUUACGUCUGGGCGCUGCUGGGGACCUCCCUGCUGCUGUGGCUCUUCCGCGCCCUCUCGGAGCUAGCGAAGUUCCAGGUUGCCACUGUCAUCUCAGACAUCCUCUUCACAGUUGCAGAUUUGCUGCUUUGCAUCUUGCUGAACGGCAUCUCCUGGUAUUGUGUGGUGAAGCGUUUGGGCUUUUGCGGCCGCGCGGGCUACCUGGUCUGGGCGGUCUUGUAUGUCUUCCUGAACAUCGGACGGCUACAGACGAUCACUUGGACGGAAGUUGGGGAGCAGUGUGGUGUCCUAAGCUUUUGAAACAUGUUCAGACUUAAGUGUGAUUCUGAGCAUGAAAAAGCUUCCUAAGUUAAGUGUGAUUUGAUGGUCAGACUUAAUGAAGAGCAACACUCUGCAUCUCUCAACCAUUGGGUUGGUGGUUGCUAGUCUACUUGUGCCUUUUCCACCCCCUUGUGAGCACGGAGGCUUUUUGUUAUCAUCAGCCGCAUCAGCCAUCAAGAAAGGUGUCAUCAUCAGAAUAACCCAGUUGGGUGUUGAAACGAACUGGCCCUGGGAUAAAGACUUCCAUAUUUGUGGUUUCUGCUUGAAACUCCAAGACUUCCCCCAAGCCUGGCUUGGUUCUCGCUUGGUUCUUUUUGGUCUGCGCCACAGACCAUUCAAGGCCGGACACGUUCGCUCUUCGAGGCUCUUCCGUGAGUCCGAUGGCUAGGAGUCACUGGUAUCUCUUCUACUUCUUGAUGCUGAUCCCAGCCGGCUUCAUGAUCUUGGCGUUGAUCCAGCUCUACCGGAGCUCCCGACCCACCUUACUCACCUAGCCAGGCGGCCAGGCGCACACAGUGCCGCCGAUGCUUCAGCCGGGUGCUCAUUGCUUGAGAA